UCGUGGAAAGUACACUUUAACAAUGCAAAUCACUAAUACAUGUGUUAAUUUCAACAUUGCUUUAGUUUUAUUAAAUGUGAUGCAAUAUUUCAAUGCCGCUAUGACAAGGCCCCUGGAAUCUGAAGCCAACAAAUCAGAGAUAACCAUUGAAGAUAAUAAGAAUAUGACUACAAUUUACAAUGAAAUAUAUAAUAUAACUUCGGAAAUAAUACAUAGAGAUUUCAGCAAAACAACUGGCAAACUUCGGACCAAACGACAGGCCGGAGGAGUGGGUAAAUUUGGAGAAGCUACGAAGAUGGGUCAAUUAAAGCUUCUUGUUUUGUUCCUACAAAUGUGGGCUAACAUGUGGAGGGAUGUCUAUGUGGGCGGCGCGCACCCCCUGCACCCCGAUGUUCCCAAGCCUGUGGUCGUCAUGUUGAAGCGGAGAAUUGGAGAGUUCAUAUUCCCUAAAGAAAAAGAUGAAGACAAUAAAUAGCUACUCU